AUGACCACGCCGGCCGCGCUGUCGGUCCCGCGAUGGACGUACCUUGCGGGCUGCCCGCUCCUGAAGCUGCUGCUAUUCGUUCUCUUGAUGGAGAUCCCGCACUCGACGCUGCGCGUGGACGCUGCCGGCGGCUCGUUCCACUGGAACUUGGACGAGAUCCUCUGGCUGCUUGGCAUUGCGGCGCUGGCGACGGCCGCCUUUUACAGCGUUCAAGGCAGUGACCCAGGCUACAUCAGUGAAGACACGGUCCUGCGAGAACUGGAGCUCGCAGGCGGAGGGCUCUUGGACGACUGCGACAGCGACGAUGCCGACGAGGCCAAGCAGCGGCGCGAGAUCGAGUACCGCAAGCGCAAGAUCGAGCUCAUGGAAAAGGAGCUCGCAGGCGCCGACGUUGCAGCGGCCCCACCGACGCAAGAGGUCCAAGCCGCGACCAAGAUGGAGUUUUGCGCGGCGUGCAGCUUGGAGCCGCCGCUGCGGUCGUAUCACUGUCCCUUCUGCAACCGAUGCGUCGCGACGUUCGACCACCACUGCUUCUUCAUUGGCACGUGCAUUGGCGAGCGCAACCACUGCCGCUUCUGGUGGUUCAUUUUGCUAUCGUGCAUGGAAGUCUCGACCUGUCUCGGCAUCAUUCACUCGAGCUUCCACACGGAAGCCACGCUGCAGCUCUGGCUACGCGCAAACGGCAUGGCCCUCACUGCGGCCAUGUUCUUUUGGUUUUUCGCGCUCUUGACGUACAGUUUGCUCGGCUUUCACACGUUCCUUAUGCUGACCAACUCGACGACGCGCGAGCUCGGGAAAGGACCCGAAAAACUAAAGUACUUGACCGGCACGCGCGAAUGCGACCUUCCGUUUAGUCAUGGACUGUGCGGCAACCUCCGAGCGUUCUGCUGCCUUCGACCUGGCUGCUGGUUGCAAAAGAGUACGUGGACGCCGUAUGCGUGGAAGCCCGUGGGUCGAAACCUACUAAGAUCCGGGUUCCAUUUUGCAACGAUCGCGACGAUGGAGAAUGCGCUCGCGGACGAGAACGAUACGUGGCGGAAGAACUACCUCAAGGAAAUCCAGACGAACCGCGAGCUGACUAAGCAGCUCAAGGAGCUCACGCGCCGCCUCGAGCUCGAGAAGGAGAAGAUCGAUGCGCCAGAGCCCCAGGUCAAUGACGAGCCAAGCACAAUAAGCUGUGCGUCGUGCGUAGUCUUGCAGCGCGAAUUGGAUGUCCUGCGGGCGAGGCAUGCCGCCCUCGCCGAGCGCUACCGGCUCCUCGAGCUCGAGCUCGAGAGGCCGCGCGCGACCGACAUCAAGCAACCACUUGCGCCGCCAUUGCAACUGCCCCAACCGACCGAGCCAGCGCGGGUCAAGCGCCUUUCGGAUCCGGCCGAGAUGGACUCGGCCUGCCAGAGCAUCUUCAACGUCAACAACAACACGCCGCACGUCGUGUGCGCAGCGGCAAACGAACCUGCGUCGGCAAAGCACUUGUUCCAGUACGGUCUCCUCUUUGGGUACGCGGCCGUCGACGACGCUCAUGACACGGCCCCGUUCAAGCGGUGUCGGAGCGUCCCCGAAGGCCGCGCCAAGACGCUGCAGCACCAAGCGUCGCUUUCUGCGAUCAAGUCGCCACCCUCGUCGUCGCUCUGGCCCUUUGGAAAGCUCAAGCCCGCAGCCCAGCCGCACGUCGCCGCCUUACCCAAGGUCAUGGCUGGAUACCCGUCGCCGUUACCUGCCUCGUCGGGUGAUGUGGCGUGCCUCAUGGAGCUCUGCUUUCCGACUGGCGAGACGAGCUAUGCUCACUUGCGCCCGACAGCCGUCGCCGUCUUGCACCGUACCGAAGCCUCGUUUGUGCUGCGAUUGUCGGGCCAAGACGAGGUGCACUACGCCAUGUGUGUCGUGACGGCAAGCGAGACGAACGUGCUUCGGUGUUUCUGCCUCGUGAGCGUCCACCCUUUCUUUAGCCUCUUCUUCAAGGUCCUCCACGGCAUCGUUGCCCUCUGCAACGUCCAGCGCGGCGCGGCAGACGUAUUUGAAGACGUCUUGGCGCGGCUGUACGCAACACCCGUGCCUUCGAUGGGCGGCUGGUCGUGCUUCCGCCUCGAAGCUGCGUACCCGCUUCUGACGUUUCAUCGUCCGCACACCAAGGACGUGGCGAGUCAACACCGCCAGUUUGUCCUCGAAUGGACGUCACCGUGGCUCUUCUCCAAGGUCUCGCUCGACCACUUGCUCGUCGUCCUCGGCCUCUUAAGCUGCGAGAGCAAGGUGCUCGUGCUCGGCGCCGACCCGACGGUCGUCACGUCCUGUGUGCUGGCGCUCGCUGCGCUCCUCGCACCGUUGCAGUGGGCGGGCGCGCUCCUGACGCUGAUUCCUGCACGUCUCGACGAGCUCCUCGAGGCGCCCGUGCCGGUCCUCGCCGGUCAAAUGGUCCCGACCGACUCGGUCGUGGCGCCGAUUCGCAACGUGGCCGUGCUGGACGUCGACAUGAACCAGAUCAUCUUGCACCCGGACGACAUGGCGCAGCUGCACGAAGCCAAGUGGCCCGAGAGCGACCAGCUCCGCUUUGAGCUCCGGCCCGCGGCCGACAAGCUCUUUGGCAAGCACGUGACGCCGCACCGCAUCGAGCGCGACGAGGUCGAGGCGUGCGAGACUCUGUCGUCCUCGAUUUACGCCCACCUCGAGCACCUCUUGUCCGCCGAGCCUACUGUGCCGUCCCUUCUUCUCGACAAGCUGCGCAGUACGCAAAUGUUUAGCGACUUGAUCGGGGUAGUCGCCAAGGACGACGACGAUAUUGGUGGGGACAGCGACCACGGUUCCGACUGCGACGGCGAGUCCAUCUUAUACGAUGCCUAGUACGUUGCACUCUACUAGCCAGGGGCAAGUAAUAGCCUAAGUCUAGCUAAAUGAUGAAUGCACAAGCGCUUGCGAGACCA